AGCAGAGGAACUGGGAUCUGAUCUGGGUUUGUUUUGUGCACCACCGCCCCCAUCACCUACACACACACACACACACACACACACAACUUUGUGUGGGGGGGGAGGGGAUGUUAUCAGGACACUAGGGUUCAUGUGCGGGGCAGAGGUGAGUUUAGAUGCCCUGAAGGUCAUUGACUCCACUAAUUCUCAGCAUGAAGGGUGGAGAAGUUCCUUUCUUAUAAAGGGUUUCUGUUCACCUAGUGCUAAACUGAGGGGCAGGUUUGGAGUUCACCAUCAUUAAUCCUAUUUCUGUCUUUGCCACUCAGAUUCACUCUCUUGCUCUACAACUUAAUGAUUUUUUUCCUACUUCAUUUCUGCAUAUGCAGUUCUUAGAAUACUCCUUCCCCCCACCCCCAUGCAGCUCAGCACCCACACUUUCUCUGUAUCUAGCCAAGAGAGACCCUCUUACACAGAAAACUUCUGGUGUCCUAAUGGAACCUGCUUAAGCCACACAUCAGGAGGCCAGAGCCUUUAUAUUUUGCUUGCGGGCACAGUGAAAAGUUUAUUUUAUGCAUGUUAAAUCCUGCAUACAAAACAACAUAUCUGGUCAUAUGGCUCUCAUUAGUUCCCAAUUUUGCACAUUUUAUCCAACUUGUCAUGAGAACUGGGCUUAUGCUUCAACUAUACUCCUUCAAACAACCCUUCACCAUUCUUGUCAGAGGACUUCUUCCUCCUGUGUUAUUUACCAGACUUGCCAACACCUCUCCCCGCCCCCAAAAAGCCUGACCAGCUUUACCCCUGUUUCAAGGAGUGUUCACUUCUUUUCAUUAAUCUCCUGUUAUAUUUGUAACAAUUUAGAAAUUAUAGGAGUUGAAGUUCUGGUAAAAAAAGAAUGAUGCAUGAGGAUUUUUGUUGUUGUUGUUGUUGUUGUUGUUGUUGUGUGUGUGUGUGUGUUUGGUUAGUUAGGAUGGAUUCUAAAGACCUGGGAAGGAUACUUAUGAAGUUCACUUAAAGAGAAUGACUAUUUCCAAAGUUCUUGAUUUAUGAAGCAGGCAUUCAAUUUCAAGAUGUAAAAUAAUAGUGUAAGUUGGUUGCAGUGGGGGGAGACCAUCAUCAUAUGAUUAUACAGAUUUUCCCAAUUUUUUCCUCAAUGAAAUAGCUUAUUUAAAAAAAAUAAAAUUAGAAUCCAUAUAAAGAACACUACCAAUUUUCUUUCCUGAAAGAAACAAUAAAAUACUUUGUAAAUAGAAGCAACUUCAUGAAGUAACAGAUGUUUUAUGUAAAGACAUAAAACUGAACCUGAAUAUAACGAGACGUGUGUGCGAGUAGUAAAAGAAAAGUUGAAAGUUGGACACACUCAUUGAGACAUAUCUAUUUGAUUCCAAUAUUUUUCUAAAAGGUAGAGUAAUCCUAGCCAGAGGUUUCACUGGCUCAGUGCAUCACCCAGUAGUGUCUCAGAAGCCAGGAAGGGCUUUCCAUUAGAUAAUGAAUUAUGAAAUGUCUCACACUGGAAAAACCAGUCAUCUGCUGAUGUCAUGCUGAUUCCAACCAAUCCCAAACAAAGCCCCAGCCCUCCUCUGUUUCAGUGGUACCAAUGUGUGGUGUACAAAUAAGUAGUACAGUAUAAAACUUCACAGUGCCAAUACCAUGAAGAGGAGCUCAGACAGCUCUUACCACAUGAUACAAGAGCCGGCUGGUGGAAGAGUGGGGACCAGAAAGAGAAUUUGCUGAAGAGGAGAAGGAAAAAAAAAAAACACCAAAAAAAAAAAAAAAAAAAACCAAACCCACAAAAAAAAAAAAAAAAAAAAAAAAAGAAAAAAAAACCUGUGCGUGAGGGGGGAGGAAAAGCAGGGCCUUUUAAAAAGGCAAUCACAACAACUUUUGCUGCCAGGAUGCCCUUGCUUUGGCUGAGAGGAUUUCUGUUGGCAAGUUGCUGGAUUAUAGUGAGGAGUUCCCCCACCCCAGGAUCCGAGGGGCACAGCGCGGCCCCCGACUGUCCGUCCUGUGCGCUGGCCGCCCUCCCAAAGGAUGUACCCAACUCUCAGCCAGAGAUGGUGGAGGCCGUCAAGAAGCACAUUUUAAACAUGCUGCACUUGAAGAAGAGACCCGAUGUCACCCAGCCGGUGCCCAAGGCGGCGCUUCUGAACGCGAUCAGAAAGCUUCAUGUGGGCAAAGUCGGGGAGAACGGGUAUGUGGAGAUAGAGGAUGACAUUGGAAGGAGAGCAGAAAUGAAUGAACUUAUGGAGCAGACCUCGGAGAUCAUCACGUUUGCCGAGUCAGGAACAACCAGGAAGACGCUGCACUUCGAGAUUUCCAAGGAAGGCAGUGACCUGUCAGUGGUGGAGCGUGCAGAAGUCUGGCUCUUUCUAAAAGUCCCCAAGGCCAACAGGACCAGGACCAAAGUCACCAUCCGCCUCUUCCAGCAGCAGAAGCACCCGCAGGGCAGCUUGGACACAGGAGAAGAGGCCGAGGAAGUGGGCUUAAAGGGGGAGAGGAGUGAACUGUUGCUCUCUGAAAAAGUGGUAGACGCUCGGAAGAGCACCUGGCACGUCUUCCCUGUCUCCAGCAGCAUCCAGCGGUUGCUGGAUCAGGGAAAAAGCUCCCUGGACGUUCGGAUUGCCUGUGAGCAGUGCCAGGAGAGUGGCGCCAGCCUGGUGCUCCUGGGCAAGAAGAAGAAGAAAGAAGAGGAGGGGGAUGGGAAAAAGAAGGGUGGAGGUGAAGGUGGGGCAGGAGCAGAUGAGGAGAAGGAGCAGUCGCACAGACCUUUCCUCAUGCUGCAGGCCCGGCAGUCUGAAGACCACCCUCAUCGCCGGCGUCGGCGGGGCUUGGAGUGUGAUGGCAAGGUCAACAUCUGCUGUAAGAAACAGUUCUUUGUUAGUUUCAAGGACAUCGGCUGGAAUGACUGGAUCAUUGCUCCCUCUGGCUAUCAUGCCAACUACUGCGAGGGUGAGUGCCCGAGCCAUAUAGCAGGCACAUCCGGGUCCUCACUGUCCUUCCACUCAACAGUCAUCAACCACUACCGCAUGCGGGGCCACAGCCCCUUUGCCAACCUCAAAUCGUGCUGUGUGCCCACCAAGCUGAGACCCAUGUCCAUGUUGUACUAUGAUGAUGGUCAAAACAUCAUCAAAAAGGACAUUCAGAACAUGAUCGUGGAGGAGUGUGGGUGCUCAUAGAGUUGCCCAGUCCAGGGGGAAAGGGAGCAAGAGUUGUCCAGAGAAGACAGUGGCAAAAUGAAGAAAUUUUUAAGGUUUCUGAGUUAACCAGAUAAAUAUAAAUUAAAAAAACAAAAAAAACAAAUAAACAAAAGUAAAUUAAAAACAAAACCUGAUGAAACAGAUGAAGGAAGAUGUGGAAAAAAAUCCUUAGCCAGGGCUCAGAGAUGAAGCAGUGAAAGAGACAGGAAUUGAGAGGCAAAGGGAGAAUGGAGUACCCUUUAUUUCUUCUGAAAUCCCACUGAUGACAUCAGUUGUUUAAAUGGGGUAUGUCCUUUCCCCCCUUGUGGUUCCCUUGUGAGCCUUGAGUCAACUAAUCUAGUCUGCAGUAGUGCGGACUAGAGCAACCCAAAUAGCAUCUAGAAAGCCAUGAGUUUGAAAGGGCCCAUCACAGGCACUUUCCUACCCAAUUACCCAGGUCAUAAGGUAUGUCUGUGUGACACUUAUCUCUGUGUAUAUCAGCAUACACACACACACACACACACACACACACACACACACACACACACAGGCAUUCCCACACAUUACAUAUAUACACAUACUGGUAAAAGAACAAUCGUGUGCAGGUGGUCACACUUCCUUUUUCUGUACCACUUUUGCAACAAAACAAAACAAAACAAACAACAUUAAAAAAUUGAGAACAAGUAUGGAAAGAAUGAAAGAUCAAGGAAAAAAGAAUACCAAGUUACAUUUCGUUAAGGUGCUUAUGAUCUUAGAACUAUGCAACCUAAUAGGUUUGAAACUGUUUACCUGAGAGAGAACAAAAAGAGAGACUUUUUUGUAUUGGAAGUAAUCUGAUUAAUUUUUAUUUUCUUCAAGGAGAGAUACUUGAAAGGAAUAUGUUUGUCCAUCUGUUGGAUCCAAACAUUUCUAUAUUUUGUAAAUGUUGUUGUUGUUUUUUUUUAAUCGUUUACUAUUUGCACUACAAUGGUGUUUGACCUGUCUAAUCCUUAUUUAACAAGUAUUUUCUUUGAGUGGGGGUGGGGGUGGGGUUUAAGAGCUGCACUUAAUGUGAGCUAUAAAAGAACUGCUACAGCACACAAAAUAGCUAUUUUUAUUAUUAUAAUUAUAAUUAUUAUUAUUAUUUUGUACCUUAAAAAAUAGACACAUACACCAAAGACAUUUGUGUGAGCCUUUAAACAGUCUGUCUGUGGUUGGUAUCAUUCACCAUCAAUGAGUCAGGGGUUGGGAUUCAAGGUUGAGUAGUGUGGAUUGUGUUCAGGCUUAAAAGACCUGAGAAGUUUGGUUUUUGACUCCUUUUACAUCCAUGAAACAGGACAUUUCAUACUGGAUGUACAGUAGUUGUACACUGUUGGAUAUCAAGUUCAAUCAAAUUCAUGGAACUACAUGCUUGUAUGUGUAUAUAUACAUUGCUUGUGCAUAUGCAUAUCUGUAUGUAUAUAUACAUGUAUUGUACCAUGUCCAUACACAUUUUAAGCACUUCAGGCUGUCAUUUCUUAAUGUUCUUAAAGCAAUGAAUGUUUGUGUGCAAAACACAGUAUUUUUAAGAAGGAUAGGCUAUAGUUUUUGCUUUUACUCUGAACUAGGUGGGCACAUUUCAAAAAUUCGGAUGGGAAAAAGCCUGAAAAUUCCAGUGAAUAUUCAGCAAGGCCCUCUUUUGUUGUACAGGGAUCAAAUUUCCUCCUCUUUUUUGUGCCCCCUCCCACUUCUACAAGUUUUCCCCUAUGGGGAAAACAGGAUGAUAAUCAAAACUCUGGGCGGAAGUUUUUCCAACUUAGUGUCUACUGGAAUCAAUCUUAAAUCAGAAGCUUUUUCAGAAAAAUAUAAUAUUUAGGUCAGAAUUAGAGUUAAGUGUAUUUUUAAAAAAUGAUUAAGGCUUGGUUAUGAGAAAUAUUACCUGUACCAGCUGGGAAAAAUAAUGUCACCACUAACUAAAAGAUAAUUAAUUUGGGAGAAGGUGUUAAGAGAGGGAGAGUAAGGAAGAGAACAGUUAAGAAGAGGCAGAGAUGAGGGCAGUAGUAAAAAAUCUCUAAAUUUUUAAUUUAUCUUCAUGUGUAAAUUUGUAUCGAUUCAGAUGCAGAGAGGAAAAAAAAAAAAAACAACCUUUGUUUUAUAAAUAUCAAAGUACAUGCUUAAAGCCAAGUUUUUAUCUAGUUUAUUCUAGUAUUUAGCUUGCCUAGAAUAGCUAAUAAAUUAUUCAUGUAUGUGCUUUUGAAAAUACAGAGCCUUAUUUUUACAGACUUGUGUGAAGUUGGCAAAUAUUUUGAAAAAAGGAAAAAGGUUUCUAAUAAUUGGGAACAAUUACAUUAAUUAAUAUUUUGUAAAAUAUUGAAGCUUUUAGCCCUAUGUCAAUUUGUAGAUUAAAAUAAAUUAAUUAUAGGAAAGGAAGAUAUCAGUGAGAAACCAAAGAUUACAAAAGGUGGUUUAGCUCUCCUUGAAAAAUAUACUCAGUUGGUAUACUGUAACACUUGGCUAUAUGUAGGCAAUGUCACUACAGGGCAAAUACACUUACUGUGUUCUAGAGGCCGCCCUUUCUUAUGCAGAAAAUACAAUAUGCACUGCAUGAGAAGCUUGAGAGUGGAUUCUAAUCAAGGUCUAUUGACCUUGGAUAUCAUGCAUGUGGGAAGGUGGGUGUGGUGAGAAAAGUGUUAAGGCAAGAGUAGAUGGCCAUGUUCAACUUUACAAAAUUUCAUGGAAAACUGGCAGUAUUUUGAACUGCAUCUUCUUUGGUACUGGUACCUGCAGAAACAGUGUGAGAAAUUAAGUCCUGGUUCACUGCGCAGUAGCAGAGAUGGUCAAGGAUAUGGAAAAAGCAGAAAUUUGCAAAGAAAGCUGAUACCCAUGUAUAGUUCCCAUUCAUCUCAAAUAUAUCUGCUACCUUUUUAAGCUAAGUCCUAGACAUAUCGGGGAUAACAUAGGGGUUGAUUAGUGACCACAGUUAUCAGAAGCAGAGAAAUGUAAUUCCAUAUUUUAUUUGAAACUUAUUCCAUAUUUUAAUUGGAUAUUGAAUGAUUGGGUUAUCAAACACCCACAAACUUUAAUUUUGUUAAAUUUAUAUGGCUUUGAAAUAGAAGUAUAAAUUGCUACCAUUUUUUGAUAACAUUGAAAGAUAGUAUUUUACCAUCUUUAAUAAUCUUGGAAAAUACAAGCCCUGUGAACAAUCACCCUUUCACCUAGCAGCAUGAGGCCAAAAGUAAAGGCUUUAAAUGCUAACAUAUGGGAUUCUUAGUAGUAUGUUUUUUUUUUGAAACCAGGGUGGCUCUAUCUUAGCUUACUAUCUCCUCGCUCUUUCUCUAAGGCUAAACUCUAGGCUCUUAAAAAUCUGCCCACACCAAUCUUAGAAGCUCUGAAAAGGAUUUGUCUUCAAAUAUCUUUUAAUAGUAAUAUGUAUUUUAUGGACCAAAUUGACAUUUUCUAUUUUUAUUUUUCCAAAAAAGUCAGGUGAAUUUCAGCACACUGAGUUGGGAAUUUCUUAUCCCAGAAGACCAACCAAUUUCAUAUUUAUUUAAGAUUGAUUCCAUACUCCAUUUUCAAGGAGAAUCCCUGCAGUCUCCUUAAAGGUAGAACAAAUACUUUUUAUUUAUUUAUUUUUUCACCAUUGUGGGAUUGGACUUUUAAGAGGUGACUCUAAAAAACAGAGAACAAAUAUGUCUCAGUUGUAUUAAGCAUGGACCUAUAUUAUCAUAUUCACUUAAAAAAAUGAUUUCCUGUGCACCUUUUGGCAACUUUUCUUUUCAAGGUAGAGAAAAACUUAGUCACCCUGAAAACCCACAAAAUAAAUAAAACUUGUAGAUGUGGGCAGAAGGCUUGGGGGUGGACAUCGUAUGUGUUUAAAUUAAACCCUGUAUCACUGAGAAGCUGUUGUAUGGGUCAGAGAAAACGAAUGCUUAGAAGCUGUUCACAUCUUCAAGAGCAGAAGCAAACCACAUGUCUCAGCUAUAUUAUUAUUUAUUUUUUAUGCAUAAAGUGAAUCAUUUCUUCUGUAUUAAUUUCCAAUGGGUUUUACCCUCUAUUUAAAUGCUUUGAAAAACAGUGCAUUGACAAUGGGUUGAUAUUUUUCUUUAAAAGAAAAAUAUAAUUAUGAAAGCCAAGAUAAUCUGAAGCCCGUUUUAUUUUAAAACUUUUUAUGUUCUGUGGUUGAUGUUGUUUGUUUGUUUGUUUUUAUUUUGUUGGAUUUUUACUCUGUUUUUUUGUUUUGUUUUGUUUUUUUGCAUACUACAUGCAGUUCUUUAACCAAUGUCUGUUUGGCUAAUGUAAUUAAAGUUGUUAAUUUAUAUGAGUGCAUUUCAACUAUGUCAAUGGUUUCUUAAUAUUUAUUGUGUAGAAGUACUGGUAAUUUUUUUAUUUACAAUAUGUUUAAAGAGAUAACAGUUUGAUAUGUUUUCAUGUGUUUAUAGCAGAAGUUAUUUAUUUCUAUGGCAUUCCAGCGGAUAUUUUGGUGUUUGCGAGGCAUGCAGUCAAUAUUUUGUACAGUUAGUGGACAGUAUUCAGCAACGCCUGAUAGCUUCUUUGGCCUUAUGUUAAAUAAAAAGACCUGUUUGGGAUGUAUUUUUUAUUUUUA